AAAAAAAAAAAAAAGGCAGCUCCAGCGCCGGACGGAUCGGACGCAGUUCGGACGGAACCGACGGAGCGGCACUGCGGAGGGAGAUGAAAUCAGAAAGCAGACAUGGAUGUUUAACCGGCUUUUUGCUUUUAUUUUUUUAAUCCUUCAGACCCUUUUUUUAUUUAGAAUUUUUAUUUAUUUUCAUGAUGUUGCUCGUGCUUCUGGGGUGUUAAUUAAGAAGCUGCUCGAUGUUUCUCAUCAGUUUCUAACCGGAACAAAAUGAGGAUUUCUUCUCCCGCCUGGAUUCUCUGGAUGUUCCCGGGCUUUUGGGGACUGACUAUGGGAGCUUUCCCGAGCAGCGUUCAGAUCGGUGGUCUGUUUAUCAGAAACACUGAUCAGGAAUACACAGCCUUUCGUUUGGCAAUAUUCCUGCACAACACGAGCCCGAAUGCGUCGGAAGCUCCGUUCAACCUGGUGCCUCAUGUAGACAACAUAGAAACAGCCAACAGCUUUGCUGUCACCAACGCCUUUUGCUCCCAGUACUCCCGCGGUGUCUUCGCCAUCUUCGGCCUGUACGACAAGCGCUCUGUGCACACGUUGACGUCCUUCUGCAGCGCCCUGCACAUCUCCCUCAUCACGCCCAGCUUCCCCACCGAGGGCGAGAGCCAGUUCACCCUGCAGCUGCGGCCGUCCAUCCGCGGUGCGCUGUUGUCCCUCCUCGACCACUACAAGUGGAACAAGUUUGUCUUCCUGUACGACACGGACCGAGGUUACGCCAUCCUGCAGGCCAUCAUGGAGAAGGCGGGGCAGGACAACUGGCAGAUCAGCGCCAUCUGCGUGGAGAACUUCAACGACGCCAACUACCGGCAGCUGCUGGAGGACCUGGACCGGCGAAAGGAGAAGAAGUUUGUGAUCGACCUGGAGUCGGAGAGGCUGCAGAGCAUGUUGGAACAGAUCGUCAGCGUUGGGAAACACGUGAAGGACUACCAUUACAUCAUGGCCAACCUGGGUUUUAAGGACAUCAACCUGGAGCGCUUCAUGCACGGCGGCGCCAACGUGACCGGCUUCCAGCUGGUCGACUUCAGCAACCCCAUGGUCAUCAAGCUGAUGCAGCGCUGGAAUAAACUGGAUCAGAGGGAAUACCCGGGCUCAGACGCCCCACCCAAGUACACCUCGGCGCUGACGUACGACGGCGUGAUGGUGAUGGCCGAGGCCUUCAGGAACCUGCGCAGGCAGAAGGUGGACCUGUCCAGGCGGGGCAACGCUGGAGACUGCCUGGCUAACCCCGCCGCCCCGUGGAACCAGGGCAUCGACAUGGAGCGAACGCUCAAACAGGUCCAGUUGCAGGGAUUAACAGGUAAUGUCCAGUUUGACCAUUAUGGCCGCAGAGUCAACUACACCAUGGACGUGUUUGAAUUGAAGAAUAACGGACCCAGACGGAUCGGCUAUUGGAACGAUGCCGACAAGCUGGUGCUGAUCCAGGACGCCCCGCAGCUUUCUAAUGACACCGACAUGAACCGCACCGUUAUCGUUACAACUAUCAUGGAGGGUCCCUACGUCAUGCAGAAGAAGAACUGGGAGAUGUACGAGGGGAACGACCAGUACGAGGGCUACUGCGUGGACCUGGCCUCGGAGAUCGCCAAACAUAUUGGGAUCAAGUACAAGAUCUCCAUCGUCCCCGACGGGAAGUACGGCGCCAGGGACCCAGAGACGAAGAUCUGGAACGGCAUGGUUGGGGAGCUGGUGUACGGGAAAGCGGAAAUUGCCGUGGCCCCUUUGACCAUCACGUUGGUCCGGGAGGAGGUGAUUGAUUUCUCAAAACCUUUCAUGUCGCUCGGCAUCUCCAUCAUGAUCAAGAAGCCCCAAAAGUCUAAGCCGGGUGUGUUCUCCUUCCUGGACCCGUUGGCCUACGAGAUCUGGAUGUGCAUCGUGUUCGCCUAUAUCGGCGUCAGCGUGGUGCUCUUCCUGGUCAGCCGCUUCAGCCCGUACGAAUGGCACACCGAGGAGCCCGAGGAGGGCACAGACGGUCCGCCAAGCGACCAGCCCCCCAACGAGUUCGGCAUCUUCAACUCUCUCUGGUUCUCCCUGGGCGCCUUCAUGCAGCAGGGCUGUGACAUCUCCCCCAGAUCGCUAUCGGGUCGAAUCGUAGGAGGGGUGUGGUGGUUCUUCACUCUCAUCAUCAUCUCGUCCUACACGGCCAACCUGGCUGCCUUCCUCACCGUGGAGCGGAUGGUUUCACCCAUCGAGAGCGCCGAGGACCUGGCCAAGCAGACCGACAUCGCCUACGGGACUCUGGACUCCGGUUCCACCAAAGAGUUCUUCAGGCGGUCCAAGAUCGCCGUCUACGAGAAGAUGUGGGGGUACAUGAAGUCCGCCGAGCCCACGGUCUUCACCAAGACCACGGUAGAAGGGGUGGCGCGGGUCCGCAAGUCCAAAGGGAAAUACGCCUUCCUGCUGGAGUCCACCAUGAACGAGUACACAGAGCAGCGCAAACCCUGCGACACAAUGAAAGUCGGAGGCAACUUGGACUCCAAAGGCUACGGCGUAGCCACCCCCAAGGGUUCACAGUUAAGAACGCCCGUAAACCUUGCCGUAUUGAAACUGAGUGAAGCAGGAGUCUUAGACAAACUGAAAAACAAAUGGUGGUACGAUAAAGGGGAGUGUGGACCCAAGGACUCUGGAAGUAAGGACAAGUCUUCUCAAGCCCUCAGCCUGAGCAAUGUGGCGGGGGUCUUCUACAUCCUGGUCGGGGGCCUGGGUCUGGCAAUGCUGGUGGCCCUCAUCGAGUUCUGCUACAAGUCACGCAACGAGGCCAAGAGAAUGAAGCUCACGUUCACAGAAGCCAUGAGGAACAAGGCCCGUCUGUCCAUCACCGGCAGCGUUGGGGAGAACGGCCGAGUGCUGACGCCCGACUGCCCCAAGGCUGUCCACACCGGGCCCCCCAUCCGCCAGAGCUCCGGCCUGGCCCUGGUCUCCUCUGAGCUUCCAUGAAAACCAAAAACCUCUCAAGUGCCUUAACGCAACAGCAAACAAACAAACAAUAAACAACAACAACCAGGACGAAAACAGGACUCACUCGCAGCAGACGGGGAUCUCCUCCUGUGACAGAACCUGAGGAGGCGGAACAAUAACGAGUUUUUCUUUUUUUUUUUAUUUUACAGAAGACUCACUGGAGUGAUCAAACCUUCAACUCAUGACAAAAAAAAAAGGAAAAUAUCACAAGAUGUGACAAAAGAUGAGAAAUCUGUCAACUUGAAACUCAAACUGCACAUCGGACUGAGAAAACAAACAAAUAAAGAAGCAGCGACUUCGCGAGGUUCUGAUGAGGAUAACGAUGAGAAACAUUUGUAUUUAUAAAAAAAAAAAAUGCUGAAUAUAUGAGCAAAACAGAAUACUGUGAAAAAUGAGUAAAUAUGUAUAUUCUGAGACAAAAACUACUAGCUGUACAUAACCAUGCUUGCUUUUUAAAACAGAUGUACAUAGCAGAUAUUGUAGUGAACAAAAUGUUCAUUUUUUGUAAAAAUUAAAACAUCUUUUAAGAUUUUAUUCAUCGCAAUAAUGAGAGAAGUUUAAAUUCACCUGUAUUAUAGAGAAGCUCUAAAUGUGAAGGGUAUCGACUGCCCAAACCUUCUGAUACCUGUUAAUAAUAAAUAUAAUCAACGACGAAUGUUAACCCCCAAUCCCUAAUCCAGAUUAAUCCUCACUGUGCAGACGGAGGUGGUGCAGGAAUCAAGCAUCUUUUUUUGUACUGAAAAGUAAAAAAAAAUAAACAAAUAAAAUGUU